UAAUAAAGCACAGAAAUAACAUAAAUACAGCAAUAUAUAAACUUGAUUGAUCGCGGUCCACACAUGUUUGAGAAAUCCUGCUUUAAAAAACAAAUAAUAUUCUCUUUUUUGCAUUCUCAUAUACAGUUCUCUCUUUUAAGAUUUAAAAAGCAUUGCAGCUGUUUCAAGCCCUAAAACGUCUUUUCUAAUAAUUUGCAAAUUUGUAAAUUAAACCUUUUUUUUUUAAAUAUUUCUCUCUCAAUAUUAACGUCAAACUUUAGAAAGUAUUGAUCAUUGACAGCAAAUUCACAAAUUUCAAUCCCAAGUACGUAGAACUUUUAUCACGCGCGUAUCUACAUUGCAAAGGUAACAUCGAUUUUUUUUCCCAGUAUCCGAACGGCAAAUUUACAUACAAUUUCGCCCUAGGGAAAACGCAAGUUUUCUAUGUGUACAUUGGCGAGUGUGUGGAGCGAAUCCUGUUACGAAUGAAUCUUUUAUGUCGCGCGGUUAACGGGAAGAAAGUUCGAGUUUAUAGAAUUGCGACAUGUAACAAGGUGUUACAUUUGUGAGGGAUACAUUGUACCUUAAAAUUGACUGCACGAAACUGAUUCCUUUCGCAAUGGAAUAAAUUUUUAUUCCUCGCGUAUCUUUUCGCAUCCGUAGAUCAAUGCGUCUUUUUUCAGCGAGAUUUUUUCUUGCACAAUCAUAAAAUUCGAGACAUAACAUGAUCUCUUCGUACUUAGAUAUCGACCAUCAGAUCGACAGUCUACAUGUAGAAGAUAUUUUGUAUCCAAUCCAAUUUUCGAUUAUUUCGAAAAAAGUAACACAAUCUUGCUUCUCCGAAUUUUGAAAACCUCUUUCUGUUUCUGGAUAUUUUUCCUUCUAGAUUUUCGAUCAAUGACGAAAUUCGAGGAGCGUGAGAAUCCGUCUGAUUCAAUUGUCAAUCUCACUCCUCAUCGGUCUUCCCUCACCGUUGUUUCUGUUACUGCUCGCGAUUAUCGCUACGUUGACACACACUACGUAAAGUAUAUCGCAUUCCGUAUGCCGAGCUCCUAUAUCAACGACACUCGAUCGGGUUUCCUCUUCAGACAGUGAAUUACGCUUCACGCAAGAGCCUCGUUAUUACUGCCGUCGGUUAAUGCAUUCGAUCAUAAGAAGUACCGUCGCAAAUGGUGUAUAGUCAUUACCUGGUGAAGUGGCGUCCCAAUCGUUACGAUUAUCGUGAUUACGAAUUAUCAGUAUUCAUAGUCAAUUUAUAAUAAUUUUCUUUGAUGAUUUGUAAUGCUCAUUCUUCCUUGCAACAUCAUAUUUCUUGUGGCGCGGGACAUUACGCGUAAUAAAUCUUGAAAUUUCCUAGGAAAUUUUCUCGAUGAUAUAAAUUAAAAAUUAAAUAUACGAGGAGCGCAUAAUUAGUGCAACAAAAAAUCAAAGUGACAAUGAAAAACGGCGUGAAGAAUCCCAUAGAUGCUGCAGAUCCAAACGAGAGCACGACGCUGAGGCCCAAGUUAGAGACCUUCGACGAUAUCUUGCCGUACGUCGGUGACUUCGGUAGAUAUCAAUGGCUGCUUCUGUUGGCCUUGCUUCCCUACAGCGUGGCGUACUCCAUCCUGUACUUCUCGCAGUUCUUCCUGACCCUGGUGCCGCAGGAGCAUUGGUGCAAGAUAGAGGAACUGAUCUCUUUGAAUAUGACCCAAAUAGAAAGAGUGGAGAUUAGCAUACCAAAGUCGCAAAAAUAUCCAUACUACGAUCAGUGCCAUCGGAGGGAUUUGGAUUUCUUUACUGUUCUAAAUCGCAGGAAGGACAUUCGCUCGAUCGAUUGGACGGCAAACAAAACCAUGGCCUGCAGCCGAUGGGAGUACAAUUUCACGCAGAUCCCGUACGCCAGCAUAGCGGCUGAGCUAGAUUGGGUAUGUGACCGGGAGUACCUCAUCUCGACGUCACAGUCGAUCUUCUUCUGCGGCUCGAUCGUCGGCGGUUUUCUCUUCGGAUGGAUCGCCGAUCACAGAGGUCGGAUUCCUGCCCUGAUGCUCUGCAACGGUAUCGGGCUCCUGGCCUCGAUCGCGACUGCGAGCGCGAAUACCUUCUGGUCCUUUGCCGUCUGUAGAUUUUUUACCGGUCUGGCUUUCGACAACUGCAUAAAUAUCCCGCUGAUUAUCGUGCUCGAGUACAUGGCCGUAAACAGGCGAACCCUCGUCGUUAACAUUGCCUUCGGUGUAUACUUCGCCAUUGGAAGCACAGUUCUGCCAUGGAUCGCGUACUACGUCGCGGAUUGGAGAUUCUUCGCCUAUGUCAGCGCGAUUCCGAUGAUGAGUGUCUUUAUCACGCCAUGGAUUCUUCCCGAGAGCGCUCGGUGGUACGUCGCCAACGGCAGAAUAGAUAAAAUGGUGCAAAAGCUGCGACGGAUAGCCAAGAUCAACAGGAAGUACCCUGACAUGCGCAUCUUCGAGAUCUUCGUCAGAAACUUGACCACGACAGAUACCCAAAGGGAAAGCGCGACCAUCUUCGAUAUUCUGAAGUCGCCGCGUUUAGCGAAAAACGCCAUCCUGCUAAUCUUCUUUUGGUCCUUGACGAUGAUAGCUUUCGAUGGCCACGUAUACUCGCUCAAGCUGAUCCCGAGCUCGGUGUUCGUGUCUUUUUCCCUCGCCUGCGCGACCGAGUUGCCGGCCGGGCUGCUGCUGACGUUGCUAUUGGACCGCUGGGGUCGCCGAUUCUGCGGAUUUAUCACCCUGGCCAUGACUUGCCUCUUCAGCUUCGCCGAACUGCUGUUACAGUCGAUCGCAGCAAAGCUGACAAUGUCGGUGCUCUCGCGAUUUUGCUUGAAUAUGGCAGCCAACGUGGGCCUUCAGUACGCCGCUGAGCUGUUGCCGACCUCCAUCAGGACGCAAGGUGUCGCAUUGAUCCACAUUUUUGGCAUUAUCGCUCAUUCCGUUGCCCCAUAUGUGGUGGAUAGCGCCAAGAUUUGGGACGGGCUGCCGAUGAUGAUCAUCAGCAUCGUGUCAUUUGCAGCCGCCACCGUGAUACUGUUUCUACCGGAGACGCUCGGUCGCGAUCUCCCGCAGACCCUACGUCAGGGAGAGGAGUUCGGCAAGGAACAAAGCUUCUGGACGCUGCCCUGUUGUGAUAGGCCGCGUCCGAGUCGACAUCGACAUUAUCGUCCAAGCGAGCUAUAGUCUUUUCAAUUCAAUUCAAUUGUUAUGUAACGAUCUUAGGCGCAAUCGCCAGAGAAAGAGUAGUUAAAGGAAAAAAAAAAAAAAAAAAAAAAAA